GACACUGAAAGUAGAGUGUUUGUUAACAUCAAGGAUCUUGGUCGUUGUGGAGUAUUUAGCGGUGACUGGGUACUAGUUGCAGCCAACGACAGCAGCAAGUCCCGACUUUGUCGCAUUUAUGGUAUUGACAACAAUCAGGAACAAGCAAAAAGGUAUAUAUAUAUAUAUAUAUAUGUGUGUGUGUGUGUUGAUCUUGACGUUUUGUUUCUAUCGCCCAUACUUUAUUUUAAUCUUGGGCUACCUCUACCCCCUUCUUCUAUGGAGGAUCACGUAGUGACCAUUACCCGUCUCACAGUUAACCCUAACCCGCCUAUGGCUAGUGCAGUUACUAUAGCUAGAAUCGCAUCUCCUUCAUCUAUGGACAAAUCUCUUCAGACAGCUUUCUUAGAGGCUCUCAAACAGUGGUUUGAAGUACGCGAAAGGAUCGUAUGUAAAGGCGAUAUACUUGCCAUUCCUUUAGAUGAAGAGAAUGCUAGGCUGAGACCAAAGGAAGAGGAUGAACAAGCGGAUGCUUUUGUUCGUAAACCCACAACACUAGCUUACUUCAAAGUAACCAGUCUUGAAGAACCUACAGAAUCUAACGGUGUCCAUCCAUCUUAUUAUGGUCACGGACGCAAGAUAAUCCCUAGUCAGACAAAGAUGAUCCAGACAGGUGUUGAGCAGUCUCGUAUUCCAGCAGGCCAUCUCUCGCGCUAUUAUGAUUUCCUGUCGCAGUUACCACUUGAGCGUUCAUCUACUAGUGCAUAUUGUAAUCUGCAUGAACUCGUUUCUUCGUCACUUCAUCCUCUAGGCAGAGAUUUUGAACUAUCCUGUAACGUAUUAUUACUAGGUCCACGCGGUGGAGGCAAAGCUACCAUGGUAAAACAGGUUGCCGAGGCACUAGGUGUGCACCUGUUUGAAUUCGCAACAUAUGAUGUCGUAUCAGAAACAGAUGCAAAGACUGAGGCUCACAUGCGAGCAAAGUUUGAAAAGGCUUCUGCGCUGGCUCCUUGUAUUGUGCUUGUAAGAGGUAUCGAGGCACUUGCACGUAAAACAGCAGUAGUAGAAACCGGGCAAGAACCUUUAUUGGCAACGGUCUUACAAGAGUGUAUUAAAUCUGUCAAUUCAGCCUACACCAGUUCAGGAUAUCCUGUUAUGGUCGUAGCUACUACAAGUGAUAUUGAUGCAUUGCCAACUAGUAUAUUGGCUUGUUUUAGACAUGAAGUUUCUGUGGAGGCUCCUGAUGAAAAAACACGACUAUCAAUCCUCAAAAAUCUUACAAGUAGCUGUCCUCUUGCACCAGAUGUAUCGCUAAAAAGUUUGGCAACUCAAACAGCCGCUCUUGUCAGUAAAGACCUAGUUGAUUUAGUGGCACGCACUGGUGUAUUGGCUCUUCAGCGCAUUCACAAAUCAGUAUAUGGCGCGGAGAGAAACGGCGCAAGGACGCAAGAUAUCAAGGCAGCAGGUGUUGCAUUGACAGCUGCAGAUUUUGAUGGUGCACUCAACGAAGCACGGGCCAGUUACUCUGAUUCCAUCGGAGCACCCAAGGCAAGUGAUCCAAAAUGUAUUCCUAAUGUUACCUGGGAUGAUGUCGGAGGUCUUGCCAAUGUUAAGGAUGACAUUCUGGAUACUAUCCAGUUACCUCUUGAACACCCCGAGCUGUUUGGUUCAGGUCUCAAGAAACGGAGCGGAAUUCUACUUUAUGGCCCUCCUGGAACGGGAAAGACUCUAUUGGCCAAGGCAAUUGCUACCUCGUGUUCACUCAAUUUCUUUUCAGUCAAGGGUCCUGAACUACUUAAUAUGUAUAUUGGUGAGUCUGAGGCCAAUGUGCGCCGAGUAUUCCAGCGGGCACGAGAUGCCAAGCCGUGUGUUAUCUUUUUUGACGAGCUGGAUUCGGUUGCCCCUAAGCGUGGAGAAAAGGGCGAUUCUGGUGGUGUGAUGGAUCGUAUUGUGAGUCAGAUGCUAGCCGAACUGGAUGGCAUGAGUGAAGGUGGAGAAGAAGCCGGUGUAGGAGAUGUGUUUGUCAUUGGCGCCACCAACAGACCUGAUUUGUUGGACCCGGCCCUUUUGCGACCCGGUCGUUUUGACAAGUUGCUUUAUCUUGGUGUCAGUGAAACCCAUGAAUCGCAGCUCCGUAUUAUCCAGGCCCUUUCCAGAAAGUUUCGUUUACAUCCAGAUCUUGAUCUUGCGCGGGUCGCUGAAAAAUGUCCUUUCCAUUACACAGGUGCCGACUUUUACGCCUUGUGUUCAGAUGCCAUGCUGAAGGCCAUGACCCGUGUGGCAGAUACAAUCGAGGACAAGGUGAAAGAGCUUAACAAAGAAAAACGGAAGGGACUUCCUGAUGUUGUGACAGCUCAAUACUACCUGUCUCACCUUGCAACACCUGAGGACAUUGUUGUCCAGGUUGAGGAAGUGGACUUUGUGAAGGCUCUGGAGGAAUUAAUUCCGAGUGUUUCGGCUACAGAAUUGGCACAUUACUCUAAAGUGCGCGAGAAGUUUGAACAGCCAAAGAAUGAUAAAGGCAAAGACAAAGGCAAAGGCAAAGGAAAACAAAGAGCU